AAACAGAUAAGAGUUUGGCAAAGAAUUAUUCAUGUGAUUUAUGGGUUAUUUACCUAUGUCUGUUUUCCUUCUUCACAGCAUUAUGCCAGCCACAGUGGCCAUGAAGAGGUCUGUCUGUUGCUCCUGGAACAAGGAGCAGAUGUGAAUGCUCAGACAAAGUCAGGCUCAGUUUCAUCGCUACACAGAGCAGCAUACUCUGGUCACGUGUCAGUGGUGAACCUGCUCAUCAAAUAUGGUGCUGAUCCAAGACUUUGUGAUAGUGAUGGACAAAUCCCUUUGCACGAGGCUGCUGAAAAGUUGCAAAAAGAAGUUGUAAGGUUGUUUGUUGAGUUGGAUUCCAGUCUUAUAAAAGUGAAAGAUAAAAAUGGAAGAUUACCUUCUGACCUGGUAUCCUCGAAAGAACUUGCCAUGUUAAAUAUGCUUUAGCUACAAGAAACAAACUUAUACUGGUACCCAACUUGUUCUUAACUACGUGUAGUCCAUUCUCAAGAUAUGGAACUGCUUUUUCAUGUUGGUUUUGAAGAAGUUUCUUUCCAUUUUUUAGGAUAAUAGACUACAGGUAGUCCCUGCUUUUCAGCAAAGUCUGUAAUAUAUCAAACAUGAGGAAGAGUUUUCAUCCAACAUCUAAACAACGAGAAGUGGUUGAAAAAACAAGGCACAGCCGAGUGUCUUUUUAAACCAACUUCAAGGUGGUUGGAUUAAUCGGAUGAAACACCCUUUUGAAUGUUUGAUAUAGCUUCUCAAACCAUUAAUAAUUCUUGGAGAAAAUCAAAGCAAAAGUUCACCAAAUUUUAUGAUAAUUAAGAUCACAUGUCCAAACCUCCAUCACGGUUGUAAUUUCCUUUGUUUUCUCAGCGUGAAUUAUUAAUGAGUUUGAGAAGUGCAGUUAAGAAACCAAAUUUCCUGAUGGGCGGCACAGAGCUCUGGGAGUGACAUGCACAAAAGUAGGACUUUUUUUGUUUGCCUUUCUCCAAGAGUUCCACUCUGCAUUCUAAAAUCAUUUUUUUCCCCCCAUAUUUCUUGGCUUCUACAAUGGACUUCGCCUAAAAGGAGAGACUGCUCAUUGUCUAUCAUGAUGAGUGUAACCAUGCAUCGUAGGCACUUUUGACAAUGGUAUUCUGAAGAAUUUUUUGUAAGGGCUUUAUACCUGUAUAUGCUUUUAUGAUACUGUGACCACCAGACAGGAUGUGGUUGCCCUGUUACAGUCAAGUUGCCGAUGGUUCAGCUUGCCAACGUAUAAAAUCGAGUAGCAACAUUGGCGAGUUGGUCUUCAAUCCAGCACAACUUAUUAGAAGUUAAGCAUAUAGGAAAAUAAAAGAUCUUUCGUAAAAAAAAAACAUUUUUUUUCUUCCAACAAAGUUUAUAAGGAUCUCAAGGCAAAUAAAGCGAGGUGAAUAUCGCCAAUGACCAAAUAAGCUUUAGACGUGAACAAGUUAUUGUGUGACAACAACACUGUAAAGACUCAUCAUGUCAAUCGGUCAGAUUUUUCUAAAAAAGAACAUGGCUUUCUAGACAAGAUCUCUACUUGAUUUUAUAUGUCGGCGAGUUGGCAUUGGCGAGUUGAACCAUAAGUGUCUUGACUGGAUACCGUCCAACAACAAGAAGAGCAAUUAAAGAUAAAUUUGUGGCAAUGAGAGUUUGAACCUGUCCUGAAUAGGGUAAAUGUUAACCAGUUUUAUAGAAUAAUAUUUUUAAUAACAAAAAAUAUUUCAAAACAUUCUAAUUGCAAAAGAAUUAUGAGAGGUAGAAAUCAU